GUUCCCAGCAUGAUAUUUGUACAUUCAAAAGAUAAAAUUGCCAGUUAGUUCGUACUCGAAAAUCAUAACGAAUUGUCUCGGUGUAAAUUCACUAUAUUUAUUUUAUGUGAAAUGUUAUUUAAAACGAUAAUCGUUCUUGUUUUAUGGAAUCUUUGUCAUUUGGGUUUAGGAGAAAAUGCUACUGAAUUUCUAUCACCCGUCUUGAAUCGUCCUAAUAAGAGAUUUACAAAUAGAUUUUCGUCUGGUGGAAAAUCUUAUUAUGUGGAUACAGUUUUCAAGACAAAUUUUUUCAAAGCAAUGCAGUUUUGUAGACAACAAGGAAUGCAACUGUUAAGUAUAAGCAGUAGAGAAGAAGAUAAUAGGAUUGGAAAUUUUUUGCGACAAAAUGGUUUAGCUCAUCGCCGAUAUUGGACGUCGGGAACAAAUUUUGGUGAUCGUAAUCAGUGGAUUUGGCUAUCGACUGGUCAAGAUUUCACUUUCACCAAUUGGCCUCCUGGAGAGCCUUCUUUCAAAAAUACUGACCACGAGGAGAAUUGUGUUGAAUAUCUAAGUUGGGGAAAACCCCACAAUGGAUUUGCAUGGAAUGAUAUUGACUGUAUGAAGGAAUUUUAUUUUAUUUGUGAAUCGAGUAACGACUGCUCAACUGCUAAUAGAGAUUGAAUGUUUACAAAUGUUUAUAAUGAAAGAGAAUUCUACUAGUUUACAAUUAUGAGUAAAUAACCGCUUGAACCCAAAAUUUUUGUUUAAAUAUUUUUCUUGAUUUUUUAAUUAAUUAUUGUGUAGCUUCUAUAUUAUGGCCACUUCACUGCACAGGGUGUCUCACAAAUAAUGUCAGUUUUAAUUUGUCACAAUGGGCUUAGAAAAUUUUAGAAAAGUAUAUUUUUUAACGGAAUUAAUUUUACAAGAAUAAUGGUGUUUAUUAUACGAUACGAUUAAUAUUAACAACCUUCAAAAUUUAGAAGUCUGGAUAUAUUUAGCGCCCGAGAUCUAUUCUAUAUCAUCGGCGCCGAUUGUGUGGGAGAGCAACCGGCCUGUUUGGAUGUACCACUUAUUAAUUCAAUUCAGUUCAUGCUUGACAACUAUCAAAAGGUGUCAACCAACUUUCAUAAAAAAUGUAGUUUUAUAGAAAAAAGAAUAUUUUUUGACGAUUUUGUCAUGAAAAUAAGACCGAUUUUAUUUUUUACUUAAAAAAAAUACUCAAGGGGUUAAAUUUGCUCCAUAUUAAACGUGAAUUUUAAAAAUUUUCAGAUCUGAAAAACCGGUAAUGCGAAAGUCGAUCGGCGCUGGUGACGUAAGCAAGCGAUAAGUGCGUUGCAAGAAGUGAGGGCAAAUUAAUAAUAUUAAACCUUUGAAAAUUUACAUCAGCGCUAUUAUGAAUGCUAGAGACGUGCGAUGAAUUGCAAAAUUAAUGUUACGCCGUGCCCAAUCAUUUAAAAAUAUAAACGUCUCAAUUUAAACAUGUCUUAACUUGUUAAGACUAGUCUCCAAUAAGCUUGUGUCCACUAAGAAUAAAUCGGAUGGCUUUGAGUUUCUAAUGAUUAACCAUGAUAAUAAGUAAAUAAAAAAACAACUUUUCCACAAAAAUAAUAGAAGAUUAAUAAUAUUUUUGGAAAAUAAAAUCGACAAAAUGUGGCGUUUAAUCAAGUGACAUUGAAGAGCAAUCAGAAAACGUGACGUCAUACCUCGCGAAACGCUGUGUUGUAGCUGUCUUUUUCGUAUAAAGUGACAAGAUUAUUUCGAUUUUGCAGUAAUUAUUGUUACAUUAAUAAAGUUCGUUUUGAGUUUAAUCUUGAAAGACAGAUAUAAUUUGCCAUGGAAACAAGAUUUAACAAAGCAAACUUAAGUCGUUAUGCUUGACAAAUUUUUUGCAAUGAACACCCACUUUUGUUCAUCGUAAGUUCGCAGUGUUAAAACUUAUAUGUAAGUAUUAUGUGAAGAACAAACAAGGUCUUAUAUAAUUAGCAGUUACCAGUCAGAGAGUCGCAUUUACACCCUGUGGAAUGAAAAUACUUAACUGAUUUUGAGGUUAGCGAAUACAAAGUUUCAAUAAGUUUCAAUGUUAUGUGUGGUAUAUUAUGGUAGAUUUUGUACAUUUAUAAAUAGAUACAUCAAGUUUUGUUUGAUAAUUACAUCAACAUGAUCUUAAUAAAGUAAGA